AUGUGCGCGUCUGAGAUGGGGACGCCGUGGCAUCACUGGUCCCCCGUGCUCAUCAGCCUAGCCGCCCUGUUCUCCAAAGUGACCGAGAGCCGGGGCAUCCUGGAGAGCAUCCAGAGGUUCUCGCUGCUGCCCACCUACCUGCCCGUGACCUACCGCGUGGACCACGCGGACGUCUCCUUCUUCCUGAAGGAGGCCGACCAGGAUGUCAUGCGCAACUCCAGCCUGCAGUCCCGCGUGGAGUCCUUCCUGGUGUACAAGUCCAGGAGGCUGCCGGUGCUCAGCGCCAGCUACGGGCCCUUCUCCGUGGAGCGCGUGGUGCCCCAGGACCUGCUGCUGCCCUCCAACCCCUUCCGAUUCACCAGCGCCUUCUCCCUGAACUGGAAGCUAAAUGCCUUCGUCCUGAGGGACAGGAUCGACCUGAGCCGGCCGCAGGUGCAGGUGCUGUUCCACAUCGCGGGCCGGGACUGGCGCGAGCCCCGGGCCGGGGAGAGGCUGCCGUGCCUGCGGCUCUUUGCCUUCCGGGAGACCCGCGAGGUGCGGGCCGGCUGCCGGCUGGCGGGGCCGCUGGGGCUGUGCCUGGCGGAGCUGGAGCUGCCGCCCAGCUGGUUCAGUCCGCCCACGGUAGUGGCGGGCAGGCGGCGACCAGGGGAUCCGGCCGAGGGCAGCCCCGUAGAGCUGUACUACACCGUGCAGCCCGUGGACGCGAAGGGCAACUGUGCCAGGCAGGACUCGGGGAGACACGGCGGGCCGUGGGCAGGCCACGGCGACAUGGAUGAGUCCGGGCCGCCCCCACACAGGAUCGGGAGUGUCUUCCUCUACCAGAUGCGAGGCCCACCCCCACUGCGGGAGCUACGCCUGGACAGCAACGUGGCCAUUCAUUACACGCCGAAGACCGUCAGGCAGGGCGACGUGCUCACCUUCCCCGUGUCCGUCUCCAGGAACUCCACCCAGGGGGACUUCACGCUGAGGGCCAAGGUGAAGAAAGGGGUGAGGAUCAUUGGGGUGAGAGCCAGCAGCCCCGCCGUGUGGGACAUCAGGCAGAGCUCCGAGUCCACUGCCAAGUAUGCACCAGCUGUCAUCGUUUGUCGGAAGAAAUCAGCUGGCCCGGAAGACAGCGUGGACGGCCCCUCUUAUGAAGUCAUGCAGAUUGACAUCGAGGUGGAAGAACCCAGUGACCCCCCGACCACGCAGCUCGUCACGUGGCAGGUGGAAUACCCGGGAGACAUCACCUCCGACUUGGGAGUGUCCAAGAUCUACGUGAGCCCGAAGGAGCUGAGCGGCGUCAUCCCCCUGGCCAUGGAGGCGGAGAUCCUGAACACGGCCAUCCUGACAGGGAGGACGGUGGCCGUGCCCGUGAAGGUGGUGUCCGUGGCGGAGGACGGCGCCGUGGCCGAGCUGCAGGCGUCCGUGGAGUGCCGCUCGUCGGAUGAGGACGUGGUCAAGGUCUCUGACAGAUGUGACUACGUGUUCGUCAACGGGAAGGAGAUGAAAGGCAAGGUGGGCGUGGAGGUGAGCUUCACCUACCAGCACCUGAGCAGCCCCCUGGGGAUGACGGUGUGGGCGCCCCGGCUCCCGCUGCACAUCGAGAUCUCGGACACUGAGCUCAAUCAGAUCAAGGGUUGGAGGGUGCCCGUCCUCUCCAGCAAAAGGCCGGUCCGGGACAGCGAGGAGGAGGAAGACGAGGAGCGGAGGGGCCGCGGCUGUACCCUCCAGUAUCAGCACGCCAUGGUGCGGGUCCUGACGCAGUUUGUGGCUGAGGCGGCUGGCCCCGGGGGGCACCUGGCCCACCUGCUGGGCUCGGACUGGCAAGUGGACAUCACGGAGCUCGUCCGUGACUUCAUGCAGGUGGAGGAGCCCAGGAUCGCCACACUGCAGGGAGGCCAGAUCCUGGUCGGGCAGGAGCUGGGGAUGACCACCCUCCAGAUCCUGUCGCCUCUGUCGGACGCCAUCCUGGCUGAGAAGACCGUCACCGUGCUGGACGAGAGGGUGACCAUCACGGACCUCGGGGUGCAGCUGGUGACGGGGCUGUCGCUGUCCCUGCAGCUCAGCCCAGGCAGCAACAGAGCCAUCUUUGCCACAGCCGUGGCCCAGGAGCUGCUGCAGAGGCCCAAGCAGGAAGCAGCCAUCAGUUGCUGGGUUCAGUUCAGCGACGGCUCCGUCACCCCCUUGGACAUUUACGACGGAAAAGACUUCUCCCUGCUGGCCACGUCCUUGGACGAGAAGGUGGUCUCCAUCCGCCAAGACCCCAAGGCCCAGUGGCCAGUCAUCGCGGCCGAGACAGAGGGCCAGGGUGCCCUGGUGAAGGUGGAGAUGGCCAUCAGCGAGUCGUGCCAGAAGUCCAAGCGCAAGAGCAUCCUGGCCGUGGGGACCGCCAACGUCAGGGUCAAGUUUGGCCAAAACGACGCCACCCCCAACACAAGCAACAGCAGACAGCCGGGGCCAGGGGCUCACCUGGAAACCGGCAUCAGUGACCGAAGACCCAGGAGACCCCAGCAGGAGUGGGGGCGGCCGGAGGGGCAGUACCACGGCAGCUCUUCCUGGGGGCUCACGGAAGGCAGGGGCGCCACCACCGAGCGGGCCACCUUCUGGAGGGGGAGGGGUCAGGGGAGCCCCACGGACGGCAACAGCGGCCACUGGCAGGCCUUCCCCACGGACCUGGCCAGCUCCCCAGACCAAGGGGAGCCCCCCGGGGGCGGCUCGGAGGUGGACGACAGCGACCCCCUGCAGGCAUCCAAGGGGCUGAGCGACCUGGAGAUCGGCAUGUACGCGCUGCUGGGCGUCUUCUGCCUGGCCAUCGUCGUCUUCCUCGUCAACUGCGCCACCUUCGCCCUCAGGUACAGGCACAAGCAGGUGCCCGUGGAGGAGCAGGAGGGCCUGAGCCACUCACACGCCUGGCUGGGCCUGAGCCACCGCACGGAGCUGCUUGAGAGCCACGUGCACUUCGCCAGCCCCCAGAAGGAGCAGGUGACUUGCCUGGACCAGGGCCUGGACCUGGAGGAGAGCAAGUACCUGCUCAGCACGGACCCCCAGAAGGGAGGCCCCAACGGGCAGCUGCUGCAGCCCCCGGGGGCCGCCGGCGGCGACGGGACAGGGCCAGGGGAGCCCCCCGCAUCCCCGGCCUCCAGGAGGAAAAGAGUGACGUUCACCACGUUCACCACCUUCACCCCGCCGAGCGCCCCGGGCACGGGGAGCGAGGACGACCUGAAGUGGGUGUGCCAGGCCCUGGGCCCCGGGGAGACCACGGAGCCGCACACCUGCCAGGUCCACUCAUCCACGCCAGCUGCCGGCCCCCGCGGCCCCGGCUUGCUCCCACCCUUGGCAGGAAACGCCCCUCGUGUGCAGCCCCCACUCUCGCUGCUUCUCCCGCUGCUCCCUGGCCGGGGCCUGGACCUCGGAGGUCGCAGCCACCAACCUCCGGGCAGCAGAAGCGUGUUCUCACGGAUCUGA